AUGACAGCACGAGAGUUUGAGGUAGAGGAUAUGCGAAGAACCCACGAAAAUCCAACGGAAUGGAAAAUAAGGAGAGCAUUUCUGAUUAAGAACACCGAUGUCCUUGAACCAGAACGCCUGGUAUGUCUCUCAAAUUGUUUCGUAAACCACGAACUCUAUGGCGCGGGAUAUCCUAGCAGAGUCAUGUCUGAGGUAACGACAUCUUUUGAGCUCUACCCGUUUGAGUAG